UUGAAGGAAAAAGCCCUGGAAUUCGAACAGGAGUUGAAAGAAAUGAGAGACAAGAUGGCUGCCAUCAACAACCAGCUCCACGAACUGGAUAAAAGCAUGCAAUUCUUGUCUGAUGAAUUUGAUGAUUUCAAAUCUUUUAAAUCAUCGUUGGAAAAGGAUGUCAACAGAAUGCUCUCAAAGUUAAAGGAUCUUGAAGAGGGUAUUGCCAGAAUUGAUGAAGCCAUUGAAGCAAUCCACAAGUACAGCUACCAGUACAAUCUUAAAAUCCUUGGUAUCCCACAGAAAGGCCGAAAGGAAACCUCAAAACAGUCCGUUGAUAAAUGCCUUAAACUCUUCCAAAGUAUCGGUGCAGAAGUAUUAUCGUAUGAUAUCGAUAUUGCGCACAGAGUCCCAUCCAGGAAUGCUAAAUUUACUCUGCCGAUCAUUUGCAAAUUUACUCACAGGAUUGCCAAGGAAUCUGUUAUGAGUUGCAGGAGUGAGGCAAACAACAUUGAUCUUGAAGAUAUUGGUCUAACAAAAUCAACUGGAAAAAUUGGUAUCUAUGAGCACCUCACACCCAAUACGCAAGAUCUCUUCAACAAAGCUAAGAUAUUUCAGAAGGAGAACAAGUACGCCUUUUGUUGGACCAAGAACUCCAAUAUUUUCCUGAAAGAAUCCGAAGACUCAGUGGUUAUUCGAGUCACCAGUCCUGAAGUCCUAGAGAACAUGGUUAAUGAUGCUUCUAUCUCUGAAACUGCUGGUAUAUCACCUGGUGCCUCGAUGAGUUUCAACCAAAGAGGCGGACCGAACACAAGAUCGUUUCGUUCUAGGGGUAGAGGAGGUCCACGAACGAGAUCAAGCUACAACCGCGAUGAAUUAUCUGCAGUCUUUGGAAAAUUGAGAUAAGUUUGUUAAUAAUCUUCAACUCAAUAAUCUAGCAUUUUCAAUGAACUUAAAGCGUAUCUGAAAGAACUCCCAUAUUAUAGUCAAAAUAUUUUAUCAGUCCAUGGACAAUUUAACAAUCUACCAGCUGAUUGCAGGCUACCAACAAAAAAAUAUCUGGACAAAUUACAUAGUAUUCACGAUCUUGACUUAUUCAA